GCGGGAGCCCCCCGCCCCGACCCGGCGCCCGCGCGCCGCCGCCGACGGCCGGCGGGCGCACACACGCACCGCACGCGCCCCGGCCCCGCGCGCGCGGCGGGGGCGCGCCGGCGCCCGCCGGGCUCCCCGGGGGCGGCCGCGACGCCCGCCGCAGCUGGGGCGAUCCACGGGAAGGGCCCGGCUCGCGUCCAGAGUCGCCGCCGCCGCCGGCCCCCCGGGUGCCCGGGCCCCCGCGGGGGGACCGCCCCCGCCACCGGGGCCCCGGCCGCUCCCGGCCCCGGCCCCCCCGGUCCCGCCGCCCCCCCACCCGCCCCCCGCGGAGGGGGGAGGCGGGGGGGCGGGAGGAGAGCGGGGGGCGGGGUGGGAGGGAGCCGCGCGGGGUGGGGCGGAGGAGGGCCCGCGGGGGCGGCCCCGGGCAGACCCGCGGCCGACCGCCCCGGUCGCCCCCCCUCCCCCACGCACGCAGCACCCUACCACGCGCCCCACUCCGGCCAACCCGUCGUCCCUCAGGGCGGCGGCGGCGGCGGCGGGCGGCGGCGGGCGGCGGCGGGCGGAGAGGGAGGCACCGAGGCGAGGCGGGGCGGGAGCACGAGCCGGCGGUCACGGGACGGACGGGGCGGGGGCGCCGGAGAGGUGGACGGGGGAGGGGGGGGGAGGGGGCUUGGGGCACGCACGGACGCCCGAAGCCCAAACGGGCGACGGACGCACCGCGCGCCCCCUCGUCCCCUCCCGCCCCCACCGCCGCCACAGGCCGCGCCCUCGCGGGCGCGGGGCGCGAGCCGCAGCGCGGCCGCAGCCCGGGGGGAGAGCGCGCAGCGGCGGGCAGACGCCGCGGCGUCCCGCGGGUCGCCGCCGGGGCACGCGUCCCCGGGGCGCGGACGCGCACACGGGCUCGGCCUCGGGCGCGAGCCGCCCGCCCCGACAGGGCGAGAGCCACGUGGGCCGGCCGGGAAGCGGGCACGGACCGCGGACGCGCGGCCGGGGAAGGAAGGCACCGCAGAGGCGGGGAGGCGGGGGGGGGGGGAGUCGCCGCCGCCGCCGGCCCCCCGGGUGCCCGGGCCCCCGCGGGGGGACCGCCCCCGCCACCGGGGCCCCGGCCGCUCCCGGCCCCGGCCCCCCCGGUCCCGCCGCCCCCCCACCCGCCCCCCGCGGAGGGGGGAGGCGGGGGGGCGGGAGGAGAGCGGGGGGCGGGGUGGGAGGGAGCCGCGCGGGGUGGGGCGGAGGAGGGCCCGCGGGGGCGGCCCCGGGCGUGGGGCACCCUACCACGCGCCCCACUCCGGCCAACCCGUCGUCCCUCAGGGCGGCGGCGGCGGCGGCGGGCGGCGGCGGGCGGCGGCGGGCGGAGAGGGAGACACCGAGGCGAGGCGGGGCGGGAGCACGAGCCGGCGGUCACGGGACGGACGGGGCGGGGGCGCCGGAGAGGGCGCGGCCCCGGGGAGCAGCAGAUGGGGAGCGGACCGGGGCGGACGGGCGGACGGACAGAGAGGGGCACCGGCGGUGUGCGGCCACGUGACACCAACGCCACGGAACCGGCGGCUCCUCCUCACCACAGCUGCGGGGCUGGGGGAGCCGGGGCCGACCGGGCGUCGCGCCCCGACCACCCCCUUUCCCCCUGGGCUCACACCGCGGGGCCGGCCGCGCGCACACAGCACACACGCACGGCCCCCCCCCACUCACCAGACACCCGGCGGGGCCCAGCGGGACCCUCCCCCAACUCGGAGGGGGGAGGCGCAGGCCGCAGUAGGCAACAAGCGGCACGCGGCCCCACCGCGGGGCCGGCGCAACCAUCACCCCCCCCCCCUUCCCACGGAGGGGAGGGGGGGGCUUUUCUGCCCACGUGCUCUGGCAGUCGCCACGGGCGGCGGCGGCGGCGGCGGGCGGCGGCGGGCGGCGGCGGGCGGAGAGGGAGACACCGAGGCGAGGCGGGGCGGGAGCACGAGCCGGCGGUCACGGGACGGACGGGGCGGGGGCGCCGGAGAGGUGGACGGGGGAGGGGGGGGAGGGGGCUUGGGGCACGCACGGACGCCCGAAGCCCAAACGGGCGACGGACGCACCGCGCGCCCCCUCGUCCCCUCCCGCCCCCACCGCCGCCACAGGCCGCGCCCUCGCGGGCGCGGGGCGCGAGCCGCAGCGCGGCCGCAGCCCGGGGGGAGAGCGCGCAGCGGCGGGCAGACGCCGCGGCGUCCCGCGGGUCGCCGCCGGGGCACGCGUCCCCGGGGCGCGGACGCGCACACGGGCUCGGCCUCGGGCGCGAGCCGCCCGCCCCGACAGGGCGAGAGCCACGUGGGCCGGCCGGGAAGCGGGCACGGACCGCGGACGCGCGGCCGGGGAAGGAAGGCACCGCAGAGGCGCCGGCCGAGGCGAGGCGCCGCGCGGAACCGCGGCCCCGGGGGCGCACCCGGCGGGGGGGACCGGCGCGCCCGCCGCCGCGGGCCGCGAGGGGCGGCGGGGCGGCGGGGGUGUGGCGCGGCGCGCGGCCGCCGGCGGGGUGGCGGGCGGGGAGGGGGGGGAGGCGGGAGCCCCCCGCCCCGACCCGGCGCCCGCGCGCCGCCGCCGACGGCCGGCGGGCGCACACACGCACCGCACGCGCCCCGGCCCCGCGCGCGCGGCGGGGGCGCGCCGGCGCCCGCCGGGCUCCCCGGGGGCGGCCGCGACGCCCGCCGCAGCUGGGGCGAUCCACGGGAAGGGCCCGGCUCGCGUCCAGAGUCGCCGCCGCCGCCGGCCCCCCGGGUGCCCGGGCCCCCGCGGGGGGACCGCCCCCGCCACCGGGGCCCCGGCCGCUCCCGGCCCCGGCCCCCCCGGUCCCGCCGCCCCCCCACCCGCCCCCCGCGGAGGGGGGAGGCGGGGGGGCGGGAGGAGAGCGGGGGGCGGGGGCGGCGGCGGCGGCGGCGGGCGGCGGCGGGCGGCGGCGGGCGGAGAGGGAGACACCGAGGCGAGGCGGGGCGGGAGCACGAGCCGGCGGUCACGGGACGGACGGGGCGGGGGCGCCGGAGAGGUGGACGGGGGAGGGGGGGGAGGGGGCUUGGGGCACGCACGGACGCCCGAAGCCCAAACGGGCGACGGACGCACCGCGCGCCCCCUCGUCCCCUCCCGCCCCCACCGCCGCCACAGGCCGCGCCCUCGCGGGCGCGGGGCGCGAGCCGCAGCGCGGCCGCAGCCCGGGGGGAGAGCGCGCAGCGGCGGGCAGACGCCGCGGCGUCCCGCGGGUCGCCGCCGGGGCACGCGUCCCCGGGGCGCGGACGCGCACACGGGCUCGGCCUCGGGCGCGAGCCGCCCGCCCCGACAGGGCGAGAGCCACGUGGGCCGGCCGGGAAGCGGGCACGGACCGCGGACGCGCGGCCGGGGAAGGAAGGCACCGCAGAGGCGGGGAGGCGGGGGGGGGGGGGCGCGGGGCCGGCCGGGCGCCGGGGAAACACCGCCCGCCAAGGGCAGGGCAGCGAACGACGGCGGACCGGAGACGCGACCCCACACACACCCCCCAACCAACCCCGCGGGGCCCCCCAACCCCGCCACGAGGCACGAGACCGUCCCCAACCCCCGACGACACCCCAAGGGCCAACACCACCCGAAGGCCGCUUGCGGCGCGAGGGAGCUCUCGAAGGGGGAAAAGACACCGACCACGGGAGGCCC